UCGUCUCCAGCAACCACUGCCACGACCGCGCCAUCCCUUGGCUUUUCAUUAGCGCCAGCAACUACUGCCUCUGCUCCGUCGUUUGGUUUCACGCCGUCAUCAGGAAGCACGACGGCGGCCAGCACCACCCCUUCCUUGUUCUCGAGUGCUCCCUCAGCCUCUGCCUUCUCGUUCUCAAACACUGCAUCCGCUGCUCCCACCACGCCUGCCUCUGCGCCCGCCAGUGGUUUCUCCUUGGCCACUUCGCAGGCUGCAUCUGCUCCCUCAUUGUUCUCUAAUACUGGUGCAGCUGCAAGGUCUUCAGCGAGCUCUCUUAGCUCCCCGUUUGGUGCAUCUUUUGCUACUCCCACGCCAACAUUUGCUUCUGCUUCCGCAGCGAGUGCAUCGACUGCGCCAUCAGCAACCUCGGGGUCAUCACUGUUCUCCGCUAGCGGUUUCAGCUUUACAGUACCGCCGGCGUCAUCAGCAGCAGCAGUUACAACCACUGCCACCACUAUCACUACUUCUGCAGCCACGACUCCUUCUACCACAACAUCUGCAUUUCCUAGUUUUAGCUUGCAAGCGCCCACACCAGCUCCUGCCUCAACUCCGGCAACUCAGUCUACACUGCUUGGUGGUUCUACGACAGCCGCAAGCACACUAGCCACCAUCGCCACCACAAGUCAGGCGACUUCCUCAGCUGUUCAAGCUAGUAGCACUGGAGCUAGUACGAGUGCCAUCACUCCAGCAGCACCUCAAGCAGCUAAGCUUCCGUCAGAAAUUGUUGGUAAAUGUGUCGAGGAGAUUAUUAGGGACUGGAACAAUGGGCUUCAAGAUCGCACAGCAAAGUUCCGGAAGCAUGCCACUGCCAUAUCUGAAUGGGACAGGAGAAUUCUGCAAAACAGGAAUGUUCUUAUAAGGCUUGAGGCUGAUGUGGCCAAAGUUGUUGAAACACAAACAAGCUUGGAGAGGCAACUUGAGUUAAUAGAAACUCAUCAGAAAGAGGUGGACAAGGCUCUGCAGAGCAUGGAGGAGGAAGCCGAACGUAUAUUCCAGGAUGAACGGGUCUUACUUCGUGAAGAUGAGGCUGCCUCGGCAAGGGAUAUAAUGUACGAGCAAGGUGAAGUUGUGGAGAAUGAGUUGCAGCAUAUGACAGAACAAGUAAAAUCCAUCAUUCAGACCAUGAACUCUACUCAGGGUGGUGAGCUUGAGGCUACAGAUAACAUGGCACCAUUUGAUGUCGCUGUCCGGAUACUGGAUAAUCAGCUGCGCUCUCUAAUGUGGAUUGACGAGAAGGCAAACGAGUUCUCAAACAGAAUACAGAGACUGCCCAACAAUAGUACUGCGGCUGAGCGCGACUCAGGAAUCCCAAGGUUUUGGUUAAGCUGAUUCAGUCCUGGUUGGACAUUUGGUGGUCUGCUCAUGGGUAUUAAAACAUGCUAUAUAUGUUGGUAGUUCUGCUGUUUCAGAGUAUAAAAGUUUCAUCGCUUUCCCCUUCAUUCAAGUACUUCUGUGACAUGUGGCUCUUAACAUGAUUUACCGCGUUGACACUGUUCAUUGGAAUUCAAACUGCUUGUUAGAUGAAUUGCCUUGCUUCAUUAUAACAGAUUUUUUAAAAAUGCUGCUGUUAAC